UAUUCGAGUGCCAGGCUGCACUACCGACAUCCAUCCUGAUAUACAAUGGCAGCCUUGCCCGCCCACCACCGCCGUCAGCAGAUCCAAGAGGAAGACGCCACGAAGCUUCAGUUUGGAGACUUUGCGGAAGGAGAAGCUCUUACUUUGACCGAGGUAGCGACCCUCUUGAAAGCUGCUCGUCAAGCUCCCAACGUCCCUCCCGCGCCGGAUAACAAGGUAUAUCAGUCCACGACUGACUAUGUCAAUGAGUUUUCCAAUACUACUAUGGAUGUUUCCGAUAGUAUGCGAACUGCAUUAUCCGCUAGGCAUGGCUUCUUGAACAAGUUUGAAAUCGCUCAGAUCAUGUCCUUAAGACCAGAAAGGGUGGAAGUGGCCGUUGCCCUCAUACCUAGUCUGGAGAGGUACGCGCAAGGUGAUGAAAACGAAGCGCAGCUCCAGAGUCUACUAGAUGAUGUUCGUUCAAUGGUCCGUUACGGUGUUCAGCCCUAGAUUCGAGUCAAGAGAAAGAGAGGUACCUUCUCGGGGGGGGGCUUUUCUGGCAAUAAUAGAUAAACUACAAGCAAAUGUUGUAAAACUAUAAUGCAUCUGGGUAUAUUUCAU